CCGGAGGAAGGGAGGGGGACCCAGAGCGUGGAGGGAGGCGCGCGGAGGAGCGCACACCCACUUGGAUCCCGUGCCCUGGCGGCGACGCGGAGAGGCGGCAGCCGCGGCCGCGCCUGAGUCUGAGCCGGUGCAUCCAGCCCCGCUGCGCCCGCCCAGCCCGCCCAGCCCGCGGCCCGCCCGGCUCCUGAGGAUGGAGGAUUCCCGGGAGACGUCGCCCUGCUCCAACAACUCCUCGGAAGAGCUCAGCUCUGCCCUGCAGCUGUCCAAGGGCAUGUCAAUCUUCCUCGACAUACUGAGGAGAGCAGACAAAAAUGAUGAUGGAAAAUUAUCCUUUGAAGAAUUCAAAGCAUAUUUUGCAGAUGGUGUUCUCAGUGGAGAAGAAUUACAUGAGCUUUUUCAUACCAUCGACACACAUAAUACUAACAAUCUUGACACAGAAGAGCUAUGUGAAUAUUUUUCUCAACACUUGGGUGAAUAUGAGAAUGUACUAGCAGCACUUGAAGACCUAAAUCUUUCCAUCCUGAAGGCAAUGGGCAAAACAAAGAAAGACUACCAAGAAGCCUCCAAUUUGGAACAAUUUGUUACUCGAUUUUUAUUGAAGGAAACCUUGAAUCAGCUGCAGUCCCUCCAGAAUUCCCUGGAAUGUGCCAUGGAAACUACUGAGGAGCAAACUCGUCAAGAAAGGCAAGGGCCAGUCAAGCCAGAAGUCCUGUCAAUUCAAUGGCCUGGAAAACGAUCAAGUCGCCGAGUCCAGAGACACAACAGCUUUUCCCCUAACAGCCCUCAGUUUAAUGUCAGCGGUCCGGGUAAU